CGCUGCCUCGCACGACCGCUCACCGUUGCAUUGACCUUCGCCGCUACCGGAGAGAACACGCCUCUCACCCCACCACCGGAACAGCGCUACAAGGAGAAAAAAAAAAACCGUUCAACCCGUUGCCAACACCAACCGGAGGAACACUGCCACACCGUCCCGCUCAACCACCGGGACGAAGCCGACCACCACGCGCAGAACUACAGGUAACGGCUGAGCAAUAACCCACUGCGGCACAAUCACACCACGCACGGCACUGCACAGCGAAAUCUCCCAAGAAAGCACCGCUCUUAUAGGAACCUUAGUUCUUAUCGCCCAAAAUCAGAGAAAACAAAGGAAAAAUAGAGAACGAUACGACCACUUCGAGGGGGUCUAGGCUGUCUAGCCUCUACAGAUUGCUUAUAGCAAUUGAUUGAAAUUGUUAUUGGGUAAUAAGCCUAAAGAAAUCCUAACCUAGUAAGGAAAGGACUAAUUAUUUAACAAAAAUAAUACAAUUGGAGGGUUCUUAACAGUAUGGUUCUGUUAAAUCAGCUGCUAGUGGUUAAUAUUGUUAAGGAGAAGUUGAUUUUUGGUGCAAACAACCUUUUCAACAUUUGAUGUGUGUCAAAGGGUGUGAUACCGAACUGGAUGAGAGCUUCUUGUAGAAAUGCUUCACAUGGAUUAUAAAACAUGGAGCACCAUAAUCAAGAGCUGUUGUGUUGACGCCAGGCAUAAGGAAGCUUUGUCCCUUUUCCUUGAAAAUAUACGAUCUUUAUGGGGCUUUAGACCUGAUCACCAAGUCUUGGCAGCCAUUCUUAAAUCCUGCGCUGCCUCCUCAGCCGUCAAACUGGGGAAGGCUCUGCAUAGUAAUGUUGUGAAGGAGGGCCAUCUUACUUGUCACUCUGUAUCUAAAGCUCUGCUUAACAUGUAUGCCAAAGGUAGUGCACUUGAUGAUUGCCAGAAACUGUUUGGUCAGAUUGGCAGCUCUGAUCCUGUCUCUUGGAACAUUGUCCUGUCUGGAUUUUCUGGGUCCCGAAUAUAUGAUCCUGAGGUGAUGAGGUUGUUUUAUGCAAUGCACAUAGGUGGCAAGGCUAAACCUAACUCCAUCACUGUUGCUAUUGUUCUUCCUGUGUGUGCUCGAUUACUAGAUAUAGAUGCAGGGAAGAGUGUGCACUCUUAUGUGAUUAAGUCUGGACUGGAAACAGAUACCCUUGUUGGGAAUGCUCUGGCAUCAAUGUAUGCAAAAUGCGGGCUGGUACUCAAUGAUGCAUACACUGUGUUUAAUAGCAUUAGUCACAAAGAUGUUGUUUCUUGGAAUGCAAUUAUUGCAGGGUUUGCCGAGAAUAAGUUAAUGGGUGAUGCUUUUGGAUUGUUCAGAUGGAUGCUUAAAGGGCCAAUAGAACCAAAUUAUGCGACCAUUGCAAGUAUUCUUCCUGUUUGUGUUUCUUUAAGUGAGAAUGUUCCCUACUGCUUUGGGAGAGAGAUACACUGUUAUGUGCAGCGGCGGACGGAAUUGGUGGCAGAUGUUUCUGUCUACAAUGCUUUGGUAAGCUUCUACUUAAGAGUUGGAUGGAUGGAAGAAGCAGAGUCCUUGUUUCGGACUAUGAUAUCAAGAGAUUUGGUUUCAUGGAAUGCGAUUAUUGCAGGAUAUGCAUCAAAUGGUGACUGGUUAAAAGCUUUGGACCUGUUUCAUGAAUUACUCUCUCUGGAGCUAAUUGGGCCAGAUUCUGUAACUUUUGUUAGUAUUCUGCCUGCUUGUGCAUUCUUACAAAAAUUGCAAGUGGGGAAAGAGAUGCAUGGAUAUAUUCUACGACAUCCUCACCUACGUGAGGAUACAACUGUUGGCAAUGCCCUAGUUAGUUUCUAUGGUAAAUGUGACAGAAUAGAAGCAGCAUUUCAGACAUUUUUGAUGAUUUCUCAGAAAGAUUUGAUAUCAUGGAACUCUAUGCUAGAUGCUUUUGUAGAGAGUGGUUAUAAUAUUAAGUUUGUGGGCCUAUUAAAAUGGAUGCUUAGUGAGGGAAUUAGACCUGACACCAUUACCAUCUUGACCAUAAUUCAUUUUUGUGUUACUGUGUCGAGAGUUGAGAGGGUUAAAGAAGCUCAUAGUUAUUCAAUUAAGGACGGUUUGUUACAAGGUGAUAUUAAACCUACUAUUGGAAAUGCAUUGCUUGAUGCAUAUGCCAAGUGUGGAAAUAUGGAGUACGCGUUCAAGAUUUUUCAGACGUUAUCAGAGAAAAGGAAUUUGGUCACGUGCAACUCAAUGAUCUCUGGUUAUGUGAGUCAUGGAUCACAUGAUGAUGCACAUAAGAUUUUUAAUGGGAUGUCUGAAACAGAUCUCACCACCUGGAGUCUCAUGGUUCGAGUUUAUGCAGAGAAUGAUUCUCCUGGUGAAGCUCUCAACUUGUUUCAGGAGUUACAAGCUCGAGGAAUGAAGCCCGAUGAGGUGACAAUUAUGAGCUUCCUUCCGGUAUGCGCUCAAAUGGCCUCAGUCGACCUGGUGAAGCAGUGUCAUGGAUAUGCAGUUAGAGCUAGCUUUAAUGAUUGCCGCCUGAAGGGAGCUUUGUUAGAUGUGUAUGCAAAAUGUGGUACUAUAAAGUCUGCUUAUAAGCUUUUUCAUUCCAGCCCCCAUAAGGAUCUGGUUAUGUUCACAGCUAUGGUCAGUGGGUUUGCCAUGCAUGGUAUGGGAGAGGAAGCACUAAAGAUUUUCUUUCAUAUGCUUGAGUUGGGUGUAAAGCUAGAUCAUGUUAUCAUCACUGCUGUUUUGUCUGCUUGUUGUCAUUCUGGCCUUGUAAAUGAGGGGUUGAAGAUAUUCUAUUCAAUAGAGAAGGUUCAUGGGUUCAAGCCAACAAUGGAACAGUACGCAUGUGUGGUGGAUCUCCUUGCUCGAGGUGGCAGGGUAAAUGAUGCAUAUUCUUUUGUAACUAGGAUGCCCAUUGAAGCUAACGCAAAUGUGUGGGGAACAUUGUUGGGUGCCUGUCGGAUCCAUAAUGAGGUGGAAUUGGGCUGUCUUGUUGCAGAUCGCCUUUUUGAAAUUGAAGCUAACAAUAUUGGGAACUAUGUAGUGAUGUCAAACCUGUAUGCAGCAGAUGCAAGAUGGGAUGGGGUAGUACAGAUAAGAAAGCUUAUGAGGACUAGAGAUCUGAAAAAGCCAGCAGGAUGCAGCUGGAUUGAAGUGGAGAGGAGGAAGAAUGUUUUUGUGGCCGGGGACUCCACUCAUCCACAAAGAAGCCUUAUAUACAAUACAUUGUGUACAUUGGAUCAACAGAUCAAGGAGCCGCUUCAUUUUUGAGUUGAUUAAUGGGCUUCGUUAUGGCACUUGUUGUGUCAUAACUCAUAAGCAAAGCAGGUGGAAUUACUAUACCAAUGAUCCCGACUUGAUUGCCUGUAGCUUUUGAGGGCCGAAUUCUUGUGUUGCUUGGAUGCUUUGCAAGUUUCAUAUUUCUAACUUGAGGAUAAUGAUUAGGAUUUUUUUCGGCGUUAGUACUUUGAAUUCCAAUUUUCAAGCUUCUUGCUGAUUCUGGUACUUUUUUUUUCCCCCUUUUGUAGCUGAAUUUCAAAAUUCAGGUAAGCUUUUCAGUAGGGAUCACACUGCAUCCCUAUGGAUCAGAUGGAUAGUGCUAAGUUAUCUAUUUUUGCCGAGUACCAUGUCGGUUCUUGGCACUCCAUUUAUUGGAAGUUGAGAAAGAUGAAUGAACUACAAAGGUUGGAGGCAUACUCAAACCAUUUCUACGAAAGAUGAAUGAACUACAAGGUUGAAGGCAUACUCAAACCAUUUCUAUGCUUUAUGAUAUAUGCUCAUCAAACACACACACACUCUCAAUUCAAUUGCAUCGUACUGACUAGUCACACCUUUUAAACUCCACUUUUCUGUAGCAAUACCUCUUCUUGUAGAAUAGGAAUCUUUUUGUUGUAAAAUUUACCUCAUAGUUUAAAUGUUCCCACAUUUUCUUAAAUGCAUUUAAAUCCAUAAUUUUCCAAUUUUUCACCCUUUAACAUAUUCUGCUCAUUAUUGCUCUGCUUACGGAUAUGCUGAAAAGGAAGUGUUGGCAAGGUCUUAAUUUAUAAAUUUUGACUGAUUUCUAAUCUGGAAGUCACCACCAAAAAUUUGAAUGCAGACAAUGGAAAGCUGAUCAGGGCUCUAUCUAAAGUAAGCAACAUGGGGUCAGCUACAGUUAAAAGAUCAGGAUCCUCCAUUCGGUUGAUGAUGAGAAAACUCAGGAAAACAAGAGAAAGUAGACAUUUUUGGGUAACUUUGGAUGAGGAACCUGGAAGUUGCUUUUCUUGCUCGCCAUAAGCAAUAUCUCCUCUUGAAAGCAGGACAAUUACUUUCAAUGUCCUCUCUUUCUCUUUCUCUCUCUCUGAAACUGUUUCUGAUCAUUGAUUUCAUUUUAUCAAGAACACUGGUAAUUACUUACAUGGUGGAGCAACGGCAACACGGGUGGAUUUAGUAGGGUCAGCUGUGAUAUACACUGUUGGAGCU